AUGUGCGAGUGUCUGCGGGGGAUUUUUCGGGUCACCUGGACGCCCGCUUCUCGCUCAGACUCAGAGAGAGAAUUGGAGGACAGUCAUGGUCAUCCACAGGCCAAAGGUCCAGCUUUAAAAGAUAAAAAGAGGUCCCCUCCCUCAAACAGGCCUCCCUCUGCCCCUCAGCUCAGCCAGCACCACUGCAUCUCUCCAGACGAGCAGGACAGUCCCGAAAGAGUUGUUCAGAAGGAGAAACUCCAUGCAGAACUAAAGCAGGUUCUAAGUCAAAAGAGGAGCCACCUGAGAGUGAGUCACUCAGCGCUUGAAGGGAUGGAUCCUCCGGAGAAGAAGAGUGAAUCUGUGGAAGAAGGCCGUGCAUCAGAACUGGUGGAAGUGGUGGUGGAGACAGAGGCUGAAGCAGGAGCCAGUGGAUACAGCGUUGUCGGUGGAGGGGUGAAGGGCAUCUUUGUCAAAGAAGUUCUGAAAGAUUCCCCAGCAGCAAAGCAACUGAGCCUCCAAAAAGGAGAUCAGCUGCUUAGUGCCAGGGUGUAUUUUGAUAACGUGAAAUAUGAGGAUGCUCUGAAGAUCCUUCAGUGUGCAGAACCUUACAAAGUGUCAUUCUUCUUGAAGAGGACUGUACCUCAAAUUGAAGUCAGCAGUCGUCCAGGUGCACCAAAUGUUGAGCUAAGAGGACCUAAGGCCAAGGUGCAAAGAAUGAGUGUCAAAAGUGUUAAACCGUUUAAAGCCAAAAAGAAAAGAGGAGGAAGAUUUGGAUUGAAAAGACUGAAAGAGAACAAGAAAGCACAAGCUGAAGCAGAAAUGGACAUUGAGGGUUCACCAACUAGAAUGGACUUUACUCCUGUUGAUGUGGAGUUUGCAUUCCCAAAGUUUAGGCUGAAGAAACGUGGGAAAGCAUCUGCAGAGGCACCAGGGCAACUAGAAGGAGUGGUCACCAGCGUAAGGAAGAAAAGAAAGAUCAGAUUUCCGAGGACAAAAACGAAGUCCGCUGCAGGAGGUGAUGUAGAAAUUUCAACACCAGGAGGGGAGACAGAGAUAACUGGAGCAAAGAUUAAAGCCAAAGGAAAAGGGCCAAAGUUUGGAAUGCAUUUUCCUCAGACAAAAAAAUCAAAAACAGACUCAUCAUUGGAUGACAGUGUUGCACUGAAAGGUCCUGAGGCUAAAUUUCAAACACCUUCUGUGGAAUUUGAUUUCAGUUUGCCUAAAACCGAAGUGGAUGUUAAGGGGAAGGUUGACCCUGAAGCGAAAGUACCCAAGGGGGAUUUAGAUGGUGCUGACACCAAGAUGAGGAUGCCAAAGAUCAAACUGCCAAAGCUAAGACUCUCCCAUCACUCAGAUGAAGUUGAUGGGGAGGCUGCCACAAAAAUGGAAGCAAAAUUAAAGAUGCCAGCAAUUGACAUUAGUGUGCCGAAUGUGGAUGUGGAUUUACAUAUUCCAAAGACCACAGAAACUGUUGAUUUCAAAGACAUUGAUAUUCAUGAGCCAAAUGUGAAAGGAAUGAAAAUCAGCAUGCCAGAUGUUGACAUAUCAUUACCAAAACUAAGCCUAGACACAAAACAAACAUCUGGAGAUGAGAUCGAUGGAUCUAUGGCUAAAGGCCCCAACAUUGGCAUCCCAAAACUUGGCAUUGCAAUGCCCAGUAUUGAGAAAUCAGACAUUAGUCUCCCAUCAAUAGACAUCUCCAUUCCAAAGAUAACUGGAAAAGACACUGAUGCUGAAGGAUGUACAAGUACAGGGGCAAAAUUUGACAUGCCAAAAUUAGACAUCUCCUUGCCAAAAAUAACAUCUCCUGAGAGCAAAUUUAAUGUUGAAGGGCUUGAUGUCAGGGGGAAAGAAUUUCACAUGCAAUCAAUUGACUUAUCGUUGCCAAAAGGAAAACUGAAGGGAGAUGUUUCUCUUGAGGCAGAUGCUGAAAAGAGUGGCAAGUUUCAAAUGCCUCAAGUGGAUCUUUCCCUUCCUAAAAUGAACUUACCACAAGGUGAAAUCAACAUUGAAGGGCCUGAGGUUAAAGGUGGAAAAUUUAAUAUGCCAUCUAUUGACCUUUCACUGCCAAAGGGAAAAGGGGAAGGACAUGUUGAGGCCAAGGGCUCAUCUGGGAAGAAAGGAAAAUUUAAGAUGCCUGGAGUAGAUGUCUCUCUACCAACGGUCAAAUUACCACAGGGUGAAAUUAGUGUUGAAGGACCUGACAUAAAAGGUGGAAAAUUCAGUAUGCCAUCUGUUGAUAUAGCAUUACCAACAGGAAAAAUAGAAGGGUCUACUGAGUUUGAGGAAGGUCAAUCUGGGAAAGGAGGAAAGUUCCACAUGCCUCAAAUUGAUCUCUCUCUGCCAAAAAUGAAAUUGCCAGAGGGUGAAAUUAGUGUUGAGAAACCUGACAUUAAAGGUGGCAAGUUUCAUUUGCCUUCUGUAGAUUUGUCCCUCCCUAAAGGAAAAGUGGAAUGCGACAUUAAAACUGAAGGCCAUUCUGGAAAAGGAGGAAAGUUUAAAAUGCCUGACAUAGAUCUGUCAGUUUCCAAACUUAAAUUACCCCAGGGUGAAAUCAAUGUUAAAAGUCCUGAAAUUACAGGUGGAAAGUUUAGUAUGCCAUCAAUUGAUAUUUCACUGCCAAAGGGAAAAAUUGAGGGAGACACUGAUUUUGAAGCAAACGCUGGCAAAGGAAAAUUUCAAAUGCCUCAGAUUGAUCUCUCAUUACCGAAAGUACAAGCUCCAUCUGUUGAUGUGAAUGUAGAAGGCCCUGAAAUCAAAGGUGGAAAAUUCAGUAUGCCAUCUGUUGACAUAUCAUUGCCUAAAGGAAAGCUACAAGAAGAUGUAAGUCUUGAAGGUGACAUGAAAAAGGGAGGGAAGUUUAAAAUGCCCAAAUUCAACAUUGGUUUGCCCCAAAUGAAAUCAACAGGUGGUGAAAUCAGCAUUGAAGGACCUGAUGUCAAGCCUGGGAAACUUGAAAUGCCAUCCAUUGACAUAUCAUUACCAAAAGGUAAGGCUGAAGCAGAAAUUGGCAUUGAAGGACAUUCUGGAAAAGGAGGAAAGUCUGAAAUGCCAAACCUCGAUAUCUCCUUACCAAAAAUCAAACUACCUGAAGGUCAAAUCAAUGUGGAAGGUCCUGAGAUCAAGGGUGGCAAGUUUCACAUGCCCUCUGUUGAUAUCUCUGUACCAAAACCUAAGGUAGAGGGAGACAUCAGUCUUGAAGGAGACACUAAGCUUAAAAUGCCCAAAAUUGACAUGUCUUUACCCCAAUUCAAAUCAGCAGGAAAAGACAUCAGUAUUGAAGGACCCGAUAUCAAAGGUGGGAAGUUUCAUAUGCCAGAUGUUGAUAUCUCAUUGCCAAAGGGAAAAGUAAAGGGAGGUGCUGAUUUUGAAAGUGAUGCUGGUAAAAGGGGAAAGUUUUAUAUGCCCAAUGUUGAUAUUUCCCUACCAAAUAUGGAAUUCCCAGAGGUAGAUCUAAAUAUUGAGGGGCCAAAAGGGAGAAAAGUUGGUUUGCCAACUGUUGAGCUUUCUCUGCCUCAAGGAAAAGUGGAGGGAGAUCUCGAUGUUGGACAUUCUGGGAAAGAAGGAAAGUUUGAAAUGCCAAAAUUUGAUAUAUCUCUGCCUAAGGUCAAGGCUCCUGAAAUUGAUAUUUCCUUGCCAAAAAUGAAGUUACCAGAGGGUGAGGUUAAUAUUGAAGGUCCUGAUGUCAAAACAGGAAAAUUCACCUUGCCAUCCAUUGACAUGUCAUUACCAUCAGGAAAGGCUGAAGGAGAAAUUGGCAUUGAGGGACAUUCUGGGAAAGGUGGAAAAAUUCAAAUGCCAAAACUUGACAUUUCCUUACCAAAAAUGAAAUUUCCUGAAGGUGAAAUGAAUGUUGAAGGUCCUGAGAUCAAGGGUGGCAAGUUUCACAUGCCCUCUGUUGAUAUCUCUGUACCAAAAUCUAAGGUAGAGGGAGACGUCAGUCUUGAAGGUGCAAAAAUCAACGUGGAAGCACCUGAUGUCAAAGGUGGGAAGAUUCAUAUGCCAGAUAUUGACAUCUCAUUGCCAAAAGGAAAAGUAAAGGGGGGCGCUGAGCUUAAAGGUGAUGCUGGUAAAGGGGGCAAGUUUCGUAUGCCCCAAGUUGAUCUUUCCCUACCAAAAAUGAAAUCUCCAAAGAUUGAUAUAAAUGUUGAGGGGCCUAAAGGUGGAAAAGUUAGUAUCCCAACUAUAGACCUUUCUUUGCCUCAAGGAGAAGUGGAGGGAGAUCUCGAUGCUGGACAUUCUGGGAAAGGAGGAAAGUUUGAAAUGCCCAAAUUUGAUGUAUCUCUGCCUAAGGUCAAGGCUCCUGAAGGUGAGGUUAAUGUUGAAGGUCCUGAUGUCAAAACUGGAAAAUUCAGCUUGCCAUCCAUUGACAUAUCAUUAUCAAAAGGUAAGGCUGAAGCAGAAAUUGGCAUUGAAGGACAUUCUGGGAAAGGAGGACAGUUUGAAAUGCCAAAACUCGAUAUCUCCCUACCAAAAAUGAAAUUACCCAAAGGCGAAAUCAGUGUGGAAGGUCCUGAUAUUAAGGGUGGCAAGUUUCACAUGCCCUCUCUUGAUAUUUCUGCUCCAAAGACUAAGACAGAGGGAGAUGUCAGUCUUGAAGGAGGAACCAAAAAGGAAGGAAAGUUUAAAAUGCCCAAAAUUGACAUUUCUUUGCCGCAAAUGAAAUCAGCAGGAGGUGACAUCAGUAUUGAAGGGCCUGAUGUCAAAGGUGGGAGAAUUGACAUCUCAUUGCCAAAGGGAAAAGUAAAGGGAGGUGCUGAUCUGGAAGGUGAUGCUGGUAAAGGGGGGAGGUUUUAUAUACCCCAUGUUGAUUUUUCUCUACCAAAAAUAAAAUCCCCAGAUGUAGAUCUAAAUAUUGAGGGGCCUAAAGGUGGAAAAGUUGGUUUGCCAACUGUAGAGCUUGCUCUGCCUCAAGGAAAAGUGGAGGGAGAUCUUGAUGCUGGGCAUUCUGGGAAAGGGGGAAAGUUUGAAAUGCCAAAAAUGGAUAUAUCUCUGCCUAAGGUCAAGGCUCCUGAGAUCGAUAUUUCCAUGCCAAAGAUGAAGUUACCAGAGGGUGAGGUUAAUAUUGAAGGUCCUGAUGUCAAAACUGGAAAAUUCAGCCUGCCAUCCAUUGACAUAUCAUUACCAAAAGGAAAGGCUGAAGCAGAAAUUGGCAUUGAAGGACAUUCUGGGAAAGGAGGAAAGUUUGAAAUGCCCAAAUUUGAUAUAUCUCUGCCUAAGGUCAAGGCUCCUGAGGUUGAUAUUUCCAUCCCAAAAGUGAAGUUACCAGAGGGUGAAGUUCAUAUUGAAGGCCCUGAUGUCAAAACAGGAAAAUUCAGCUUGCCAUCCAUUGACAUAUCAUUACCAUCAGGAAAGGCUGAAGGAGAAAUUGGCAUUGAGGGACAUUCUGGGAAAGGUGGAAAAAUUGAAAUGCCAAAACUUGACAUCUCCUUACCAAAAAUAAAAUUACCUAAAGGUGAAAUCAAUGUGGAAGGUCCUGACAUCAAGGGUGGAAAGUUUCACAUGCCCUCUGUUGAUAUCUUACCAAAACCUACGAUAGAGGGAGACAUCAGUCUUGAAGGAGGGAAAGUUGAUGUAGAAGGGCCUGAUGUCAAAGGUGGAAAGAUUCAUAUGCCAGACAUUGACAUCUCAUUGCCAAAAGGAAAAGUAAAGGGAGGUGCUGAUCUUGAAGGUGAUGCUGGUAAAGGGGGCAAGUUUCAUAUGCCCCAAGUUGAUCUUUCCCUACCAAAAAUGAAAUCUCCAAAGAUUGAUAUAAAUGUCGAGGGGCCUAAAGGGGGAAAAGUUGGUAUGCCAUCUGUGGAGCUUGCUUUGCCUCAAGGAAAAGUGGAGGGAGAUCUUGAUGCUGGACAUUCUGGGAAAGGGGGAAAGUUUGAAAUGCCAAAAUUUGGUGUAUCUCUGCCUAAGGUCAAGGCUCCUGAAGUGGAUAUUUCCAUGCCAAAGAUGAAGUUACCAGAGGGUGAGAUUAAUGUUGAAGGUCCUGAUGUCAAAACUGGAAAAUUCAACUUACCAUCCAUUGACAUAUCAUUACCAAAAGGAAAGGCUGAAGCAGAAAUUGACAUUAAAGGACAUUCUGGGAAAGGAGGAAAGUUUGAAAUGCCCAAAUUUGAUAUAUCUCUGCCUAAGGUCAAGGCUCCUGAAGUUGAUAUUUCCAUGCCAAAAGUGAAGUUACCAGAGGGUGAGGUUCAUAUUGAAGGCCCUGAUGUCAAAAGUGGAAAAUUCAGCUUGCCAUCCAUUGACAUAUCAUUACCAUCAGGAAAGGCUGAAGGAGAAAUUGGCAUUGAGGGACAUUCUGGGAAAGGUGGAAAAAUUGAAAUGCCAAAACUUGAUAUCUCCUUACCAAAAAUAAAAUUACCUAAAGGUGAAAUCAAUGUGGAAGGUCCUGACAUCAAGGGUGGAAAGUUUCACAUGCCCUCUGUUGAUAUCUCUGUACCAAAGCCUAAAGUAGAGGGAGAUGUCAGUGUUGAAGGAGGGAAAAUCAAUGUGGAAGGACCUGAUGUCAAAGGUGGGAAGAUUCAUAUGCCAGACAUUGACAUCUCAUUGCCAAAAGGAAAAGUAAAGGGAGGUGCUGAUCUUGAAGGUGAUGCUGGUAAAGGGGGCAAGUUUCAUAUGCCCCAAGUUGAUCUUUCCCUACCAAAAAUGAAAUCUCCAAAGAUUGAUAUAAAUGUCGAGGGGCCUAAAGGGGGAAAAGUUGGUAUGCCAUCUGUGGAGCUUGCUUUGCCUCAAGGAAAAGUGGAGGGAGAUCUCGAUGCUGGACAUUCUGGGAAAGGAGGAAAGUUUGAAAUGCCCAAAUUUGAUGUAUCUCUGCCUAAGGUCAAAGCUCCUGAAAUUGACAUUUCCAUGCCAAAAGUAAAGUUACCAGAGGGUGAGAUUAAUGUUGAAGGUCCUGAUGUCAAAACUGGAAAAUUCAACUUACCAUCCAUUGACAUAUCAUUACCAAAAGGAAAGGCUGAAGCAGAAAUUGACAUUAAAGGACAUUCUGGGAAAGGAGGAAAGUUUGAAAUGCCCAAAUUUGAUAUAUCUCUGCCUAAGGUCAAGGCUCCUGAGGUUGAUAUUUCCAUCCCAAAAGUGAAGUUACCAGAGGGUGAAGUUCAUAUUGAAGGCCCUGAUGUCAAAACAGGAAAAUUCAGCUUGCCAUCCAUUGACAUAUCAUUACCAUCAGGAAAGGCUGAAGGAGAAAUUGGCAUUGAGGGACAUUCUGGGAAAGGUGGAAAAAUUGAAAUGCCAAAACUUGAUAUCUCUUUACCAAAAAUAAAAUUACCUAAAGGUGAAAUCAAUGUGGAAGGUCCUGACAUCAAGGGUGGAAAGUUUCACAUGCCAUCUGUUGAUAUUUCUUUACCAAAACCUAAGAUAGAGGGAGACAUCAGUCUUGAAGGAGGGAAAGUUGAUGUAGAAGGGCCUGAUGUCAAAGGUGGAAAGUUUCAUAUGCCAGACAUUGACAUCUCAUUGCCAAAAGGAAAAGUAAAGGGGGGUGCUGAGCUUAAAGGUGAUGCUAGUAAAGGGGGCAAGUUUCAUAUGCCCCAAGUUGAUCUUUCCCUACCAAAAAUGAAAUCUCCAAAGAUUGAUAUAAAUGUCGAGGGGCCUAAAGGGGGAAAAGUUGGUAUGCCAUCUGUGGAGCUUGCUUUACCCCAAGGUAAAGUGGAGGGAGAUCUCGAUGCUGGACAUUCUGGGAAAGGAGGAAAGUUUGAAAUACCAAAAUUUGAUGUAUCUCUGCCUAAGGUCAAGGCUCCUGAAGUGGAUAUUUCCAUGCCAAAAAUCAAGUUACCAGAGGGUGAGAUUAAUGUUGAAGGUCCUGAUGUCAAAACUGGAAAAUUCAGCUUACCAUCCGUUGACAUAUCAUUACCAAAAGGAAAGGCCGAAGGAGAAAUUGGCAUUGAGGGACAUUCUGGGAAAGGAGGAAAGUUUGAAAUGCCUAAGUUUGAUAUAUCUCUGCCUAAGGUCAAAGCUCCUGAAAGGGAUGAGGUUAAAGUUGAAGGUCCUGAUGUCAAAACUGGAAAAUUCAGCCUGCCAUCCAUUGACAUUGAAGGUCAUUCAGGGAAAGCAGGCAUAAUUGGAAUCCCAAAACUUGACAUUUCCUUACCAAAAAUGAAAUUACCUGAAGGUGAAAUGAAAAUUGAAGGGCCAGACAUAAAAGGUAAAAAUAUGCCUGACAUCAGUGUUAGUGGAGGCAUAGGUGGAAAUAUAAAGCUGCCAACUGUGAAGCUACCAACUGUUGACAUAUCAGCACCCCGAGUUGACCUUGACUUUGGCCUUCCAAAAACAAAAAGCAGUGAUAGAGAGGAUAUUCAUCUUCUGAAAGCUGAAGGCCGUAGACCAUCAUCUGGGGCAAGUUUUGAAGUUCCAGAUGUGACUCUAAAAAUACCAAAAACAUCACUUCCUAAAUUUGGUGGAAAAUUUAAAAGUAGAGGAGUAGAAAGUCCUGGCUUGUCUGCUGAUUUGGAUGUGGAGAGAUGCUCCCCAUCUAUAGAGAUUGAUACUGAUGGAAAAAUUAAAGGCAAAGUAAAGAAGCCGAAAAUCAAAAUGCCGUCAUUUGGUAUCUCCAAAAAGGAUGGAGAUGUAAGUGGACCAGAGUUUGAAAUGAAGAUGAAAAUGGGAGAAGGGGAUAUUACAAAAUCAGAAAUCAAAGUGGAAAGCCCUGAAGACAAACCUAAAUACAAACUAAAACUACCUAAAUUUAAGAUACCUAAAAUAAAACUUCCAGAAGGCAAUGUGGAUGCUUCACUUAAUGUGGAUAGAGAGAUCAAAGGUGACUUCAAGGCUCCAUCCUUGGACACAAAAGGAAAGGUCAAAAUGCCAUCAGUUGAGAUAUCCUUGCCAUCAGCAAAUAUACCAGAACGUGAGGCAUUGCUACCAAAAACCGAGGUUGAUGUGUCUGAGGCGGAUAUCACGGGUUAUGAGGGUAGCUUAAAAAUUCCGAAAAUGCCAACUAUUGAUAUAUCUGUACCAAAGGUUGAUUUGGAUGUUGCCUUACCAAAGGUGAAACAUGAUGUGUCAGUUGACUCCAGUUCUUCAGCUAUCAACAUUGAAAUUGAUAAACUAAAGAUGCCACAUAUAAAAAUGCCAAAAGUAGACAUAUCACUACCCGAAAGGAGGACAGGUGGCACUGACACACCAGAACUGGAGGCAGAGGGCAAAGGUGGCAAGUUCAAGAUGCCAAAAAUUACAAUGCCCACAGUGGAUAUAUCACUACCACAUGGUAAAACAGGAGAUAUGGAUGCAUUAGAACUGGAAUUAAAAGGAAAAGGUGGGAAAUUCAAGAUGCCAAAGGUUAAAAUACCUACAGUAGAUGUUUCAUUACCCCAUGGUAAAGUAGACAUCAGUACUCCAGAUAUGAAACUGAAGAACAAGACAGGGAAAUUCAAGAUGCCAAAAAUUACAAUGCCAACAGUGGACAUAUCACUGCCCCAUGGAAAAACAGAUGUGGAUACUUCAGGCUUGGAAAUGGAAGGAAAAGGUGGGAAAUUCAAGAUACCUGAUGUUAAAAUGCCUAAAAUAGAUAUUUUGCUACCCCAUGGCAAAGUAGACAUAGACACUCCAGAUCUGGAAACCGAAGGACAAGGUGGCAAAUUCAACAUGCCAAACAUUUCAAUGCCUACAGUGGAUAUAUCACUGCCCAAAGGCAACAAAGAAGGAAUUAGUGCUCCAGAACUAAAAGUAGAAGCUGAAGCCAAAGGUGGAAAGUUCACAAUGCCUAAAAUCACAAUGCCAACUGUGGACAUUUCUUUGCCCCAUGGACGUACGGGACACUUCAGUCCUCCAGAACUGGAUGCUGAUGGAAAGGCAGGAGCAUUCAAGUUGCCAAAAGUUGACCUACAUAUUCCUAAAGGUAAAACAGAAGACACUGAUACACCACAACUCGAAGUUCAGGGAGGUACAUUCAAAAUGCCCAACAUUCAAAUGCCAAAAAUAGAUAUAUCCCUACCUGAAGGAAAAACAGGAAACAUUGAUGUGCCAGAGGUCAAGGGACAAGGAGGAAAAUUCAACAUGCCAAAAAUUACAAUGCCAACCGUUGAUAUAUCUGUACCCACAGGCAAAACAGGAGAGCUGGAAGUUGGAGGUGGUGGAAAAUUCAAGAUGCCAGAGGUGGAUAUUUCAUUACCCAAAGGAAUAAAAGGAGAAAUACAGUCACCUGAAGCAGAAGCCGAGGGAAGACCAAGCAAAUUCAAGCUGCCUGAUGUUAAAAUGCCUAAAAUAGAUAUUUCAUUGCAUCAUGGUAAAGCAGAUAUUGAUAAUCCAGAUCUGGAAAUGGAAGGUGGGAAAUUUAAGAUGCCAAAUAUUACAAUGCCAACAGUUGACAUAUCACUGCCCAAAGGGAAAAAAGGAGAAAUUAGUGGUCCAGAAUUCGAAGUUGAGGGAGGUGGAAAAUUAAGGAGGCCAGACAUUAAAGUGCCACAAGUAGAUAUUUCACUACCAAAAGGAAAAACAGCUGACAUUGAUGCCCCCGAACUGGAGCUUGUGGGGCAAGAUGGGAAAUUCAGGAUGCCAAACAUUACAAUGCCAGCAGUAGAAAUAUCACCACUAAAAGGUAAAUCUGGAACACUUGAUGCUUCAGAAGUAGAAAUUGAUGUAAAAGGUGGGAAAUUUAAAUUGCCUGAUGUUAAAAUGCCUAAGGUGGAUAUAUCAGUACCUCAAGGAGCAGCAGAUGAUGUAGAAGUCACAGGAGAUGGUAAAUUCAAGAUGCCAGACAUUAAAUUACCAAAAGUAGACAUCUCGUUGUCUAAAGGAAUGUCUGGAAAUGCAAAUGCAUCAUGUCCUGUUAGUGAUAUCAGCCCUGUCCAAGCCAAAGUGGGAGAGGAAGGUAAAUUUAAAAUGAAAAUGCCAACAAUAGAUAUAGAGGGCCCAAGAGGGCAUCUAGAAUUAGAUAUUGGCUUAUCAAAGGAUGGAGAAACUGAAAGAAAGAAGCUUGAGCCGCCAGACAUUGACCUCAGCUCAGCACCAACUAAGGGAAAAGUAAAGGGGCCAAAAGUGAAGGGUACAAAGUUCAACAUUGGUAUGCCAAAAGUUAAGUUUUCUGGACUAGAGACAGAUAUAAGUAAGUCAGGAAAAAUUGAUGCAGGGAUUGGCGGAGGAGUCAAGAUUAAGAAGUCUAAAGAAGAGGCUGCUGUGGACAUGGAGGGAGGUCAGGAUUCAUCCUCAAAACUCUCUAAAAUCAAACUGCCUGAAGUAGAGAUCUCUGGUCCUACCAUAAAGAGUAAAGGCCAAGGAAAAUCAGCAUCUACACAACCCACUGUUGAAGAUGCUGGUUCAGGCCAUGGCUUCUCGUUGCCUAAUAUUGAAGUAAAAGCACCAAAGCUUCCAGAAAUAGAUUUUGAUAUUGGGACUGCCCAAGAUGACACAGAUGAUGAUAAAGAGGACACCAAGACGAGUACCACAGUCAAAAUACCAAAGUUUGGCGUGGCUCUGCCUUCUAUAAGUUCACCUGAAGCCAAACUCAACAUCAAAUCACCAAAGUCCAAGGGCUAUUCAGUCAUCACGGGUGCUGAAGUGGAGUAUGAGGGCCCUCCUAUGCCAAAAGUAAAGAAAGCAGUAUUUGUUUUGGUUAAUCCCCAAGCAGAAGGCUCUGCUGUAACUGGUGAAGCAAGUGCAGAGGCUGGAAAAGGGUCAAAGCUCAAACUGAAGCCAAGUUUUGGAAAGUCACAUUCCAAAGGUAAAGGAACAGCUUUGAAUGGUGACGAAGAGGACGUGGAAACUGAAGGAAAGUCAAAGACAAGCAAAUUCAAGUUGCCCAAAGUUGAAUUUUCCCCAAUAAAAACAGGGGCAUACGAUGCAGAUGAUCCUACCGUUAAUGGUGACAAAGAUGACAAAGCAGUGUUUGGAAAGCUGAAGUUUCCCAAAGUUGAGUUUACCUCACCAUACUCCAAAGAUGCGAGUGAAGAGGGAGACUUGGAGAUGGGCAUGAAACUAGGCAAGAAGGACACCUCAGGAGACGGCAAAGAUGCUAAAGGAACCAAGGCUAAAUCAGGAAAGAUAUCAUUUCCAGGCUUCAGGAAGAAAACAACAAAGUACGAAGAGGAGACUGAGAGCAACAUCGUAGUGUCCUCAAAAGCCAGAACAGAAAUGUUAGCAGAACGAGAGGAAUCAGAGUCCCCGAUUCCCAAGGUUUCAACUGGUAUUCUCUCAGGGAAGACCUCUGGCCAAAGAGAAAGGGAUUCUGAGGGAUAUGGUAGAAGCAGCAGGCAAGAAGGGGAAGAAACAGAGGAGGCAACCUGGUUUAAAGUACCCGCAGUCACUCUUAGCCCUCAGUCCACCAGCACUGUGCAAAUCACACCAGAGGGCUCUCCAAAGGAAGGCAGAUCCCACGGUGAAGAAGCUUCUGGAGGUUUCUACAUGAGAAUGCCAAAGAUAGAGUUCUCCACCCAGGAAUCUUCAUCAGAGCAUACGGUCACCACAACGAAGGAAGGGACACUUACUGUAGUAACUAAAAUGUCAAAAUAUAUGGUGACUGAAUCAAAAAGUAGCAGCUCAACUACACACUGGAGUCAGUGAAUUUAGGGGAGAUGAGUAAUAUAUGUUUUUAUAUGUGACUGUGUUGUUGUUUUAUUCAGUUUUAAUCUAUUUAUUUUUAUUCUGAACACAUCAAGAGCUUUUUUGGCACAUAAAUAAAACUAUUUAUUGUAGGAGAGUUUUAUUUUCAUAUAUUUACCAUUUACAGAGUUGGUAAACUUGUAAAGAUAUUAGUUCUUUACACUUUCACGUAGAACAGUUGCUGUAGAUAAUAUACAUACAUAGACAAAAGGGUGGGAUUUGAAAAUUUCUCAUGAUUUUCAGAGGUGUUAUAUUUAGCUUGAUCUCGCUUAAGGUAGUUUGAGUACAUUUGCGGUUUUUACGACUCUUUUUUCAAGUUUCAGAAUGGAAUGCAAAUUUCUAUGCCUUUUUUCUAUAAUGGCUGUACCUUAUUAAAGUAGAAAGACUGUUCAAGACUUUUUUCAUACUUAUUCACACAAAAUGUACAUAUAUAUUGAUAAAAUUAAUUUGUAGUGCCGAGGAUGUGUUUGAAUGUGGAAAUUAAUUCAAGAAUUAAAGAGGAAUGCAUUAAAAUGUGAUACUGUACAAUGACAA